GAGACGCGCAGGACGCAGCGAAGUGUCCCAGCUCCCCUCGAUGGUUCACCGCAGCCCGGAGGAGGGACAGACCUUCCACCGCUGCCCGGAGAUCAGCACCGAGGAGCCUCCGUACUCUCUCUGACAGCAGGUGGUCAUGUUGAAGCCGGGCGACCCCAGCGGCUCGGCCUUCCUGAAGGUGGACCCGUCCUACCUGCAGCACUGGCAGCAGCUCUUCCCUCAGGCGCAGCUCAAGCCUCCUCUGGCCCCGCCGCCUCCUCCUCCUCCUCCUGACCGUCUCUCCAUCCCCGUGGACAGCCUCCGCCAGUCCCGCCUGCACAGCCACCUCCUGGCCUCCUCCCACUGCACCUCCUCGUCUUCUUCUACAUCUUCCUCUUCGGCUCUCGCCCCGUCCUCUUCCAUCGCCAUCUCCACCUCUGCAGGGAUCUCCCAGCUCCCCGUCCCGCAGCAGAUAGCUCUCUUUGGACAGGCGUUGGCCCCUGUGUGCGCCGGGCCCGGAGGACCUGGAGGAGGACCAGGAGGAGGGGGAGGAGGAGAUCUGAUCGUGGUGGUCCCCCCUGAGAACCAGCAGCAGAGUCACAACAACCCAGCAGCAGCUGCAGCGGCAGCAGCGGGGCUCCUCCAUCAGGCCAAAGAGCAGAGCUGUGGGGGGGUCAGCGUGGUGUCGUCCAGCGUGAAGAGCAGUGGGGGAGGAGGAGGAGGAGGAGGAGGGGGAGGAGAGGAGGGAGGCAAAGGAGCGAGGUUCAAGCUGACGUCAGAGGAGCUGGACUACUACCUGUACGGACAGCAGAGGAUGGAGAUCAUCCCGCUGAGCAACCACACGGGGGAGGUCAACAACCGUUGUGACAUGUGUGCUGACAACAGGAAUGGCGAGUGUCCCAUGCACGGCCCUCUUCACUCUCUGCGGCGUCUUGUCGGCACCAGCAGCACGGCGGCCCCCGUCACCCUGCCGGACGUCCCUGAUUGGCUGAGAGACCUGCCCAGAGAGGUGUGUCUGUGCACCAGCACCGUUCCUGGUCUGGGUUACGGGAUCUGUGCGGCUCAGAGGAUCCCUCAGGGGACAUGGAUCGGCCCGUUUCAGGGAGUCCCUCUGCCGCUGGACAAACUGCAGGCUGGAGCCGUCAGGAACACGCGACAUCUAUGGGAGAUCUACGAUUCAGAGGGGACGUUACAGCACUUUAUCGACGGUAAUGACCCCAGUAAAUCCAGCUGGAUGAGGUAUAUCCGCUGUGCCAGACACUGUGGGGAGCAGAACAUGAUGGUUGUACAGUACAGGUCGUGUAUUUUCUACAGAGCGUGUAUGGACAUCCCCAGAGGAACAGAGCUGCUGGUCUGGUACAACGACUCGUACACAUCGUUCUUUGGCAUCCCGCUGCAGUGCAUCGCUCAGGAUGAGAACUUAAACGUCCCGACCACAGUAAUGGAGGCCAUGAGCAGACAAGAGUCCCUCCAAUCCUUCAACAAGAACGGCAAACCCUCCUCAUCCUCCUCUUCUUCGACCCCCUCCAUUACCCCCAUCAGAGGCUCCAUGGUCUUCCCUCACUCCCCCUGCCCGAGGAGUUUCUCCCUUCUGGACAAGGUCGGAGUGGGUCCUCAGUCGGACUCCAGUUUUGGACAGCUAGGGUCAAAGAACCAGCGAGUCUUGGCAAGUCCGACGUCCACCAGUCAGCUGAGCAGUGAUUUCAGCGACUGGCACCUUUGGAAGUGUGGCCAGUGUUUUAAAACCUUCACCCAGAGGAUCCUGCUGCAGAUGCACGUCUGUCCACAGAAUCCUGACAGACCGUACCAGUGUGGCCACUGCUCCCAGUCUUUCUCUCAGCCGUCAGACCUGAGGAACCACGUGGUGACACACUCUAGUGACAGACCCUUCAAAUGUGGAUACUGUGGCCGCGCGUUCGCCGGAGCCACGACGCUGAACAACCACAUCCGCACGCACACCGGGGAGAAGCCGUUCAAAUGUGAGCGAUGUGAUCGCAGCUUCACACAGGCCACUCAGCUGAGCCGCCACCAGCGACUUCCCAACGAGUGUAAACCGGUGAACGAGAGCAGCGAGUCCAUCGAGGUGGAUUAACCCCGACUGUCGACUGAGACCACGUUCACACUGAGACUGCUAAACCUGAAAACACAUCCUCUCCAGCACUGAGUCUCUGCUUUUCUCAAAUGUAAAUUCAUAUAUUUUUAAAAUUCAAGAGCAGACGGAUAAAAAAGAAGGCCAGCUCAUCUACAAAAAUUCCUCUGACAAAGGUGACGGCAAAGA